GCUGUCACCCUGUCACUGUCAUUGGUCAUAAUAUAAAUAAGAAAAUAGGUUUCCAAUUAUUCUUAGUUUUCUUAAUUGUAAUCGACAAAAGAUAGAAUGGAAUUUAAUAAACGGACAAUACAUUUAAAAAUUAAGUAUUACGACGUAUCAACUGAUAAUCCCAAUAUUAUAAAGAAAACUAUAGAAAUAGCACCAUAUGUAGACCCUAGUCAUUUAAAGUUAGAACUUCUUAAAAUAUGCAAUGUCACCAACGAAAAAGUUAUGAAAAUUCGAAAUGGGGAUGGUACCCUUAUUCCCAUAUCAUUUCUGGCAGAUCCUAAUGUACCAGAUAGGUACUUCCAAAUCGAUAUUACAAAUAUCUCUUACAAGGAUAGACAAACAGCAAAUCUUUUGCAAGAUGCUUAUGUUGAUGCUGUCCAACAAAAGAUCAGAACUUUGGAGUCACGAAUUGCACAAUCUGAACUUCUGCUCCCACAAUUAGAGUGGCGCCGACAGGCUUACAUGGAAGACACUCUGAAUGGACUACUCUACAAAGUUGGAUUCCUCAAUCGGCGUUUUGUUGAACUUUUGCCACAAUUCAGAGAUAAACACCCUGAAACAAUGGCUUAAUGAGCUCUUAAACAUAG